AUGUCUCAGCCGUCAAAAUCAGUUCUUGAAGCCUUCAAUCUUCAUGGGACUCCCACUUCCCUGGAAGGCGGUAGAGGGCUCUGCUUCCAGGUCAAUGACACUGUCUUAAAGCCAUCAGAAGACUACGAAGAAUCUCAGUUCAUCGCGGAGGUCAUCAACAAGCUCCAUUCUAUCCGUCCCCCCACGACCUAUCGUGUACCCCUCCCGUGCCCCGCAGGGUUUGACAAAACUGUGUAUGUCCAAGAUGGCUGGACAGCCUGGAGCUUUCUACCAGGCGGUCAUGCUCGCGGAUUUGAUCGCUAUCCCGUUGUGUUCGAAUUGGCGCGCAAGUUCCACUCUGAUCUCUCAUUGCUCAGUAUCACUAGGCCGUCCUUUCUAGACAGGCUGUCUGACCGUUUUCACGAGUCUGAUAGAUUGGCCUGGGACGAGAAGUCAAUCUCCUCCAUCCCAAGCCUUAAUCAGCGCGUGCUUUCACUCAUACAACCAUCAAUAGAUGAGCUGAACAAGCUGAAGAGACCGCUUCAAGUUACUCCACCGUCACAGAUCAUCCAUGCAGAUCUGACAGGCAACAUCCUCUAUGCUGACCUGCCUGGAAUCAUCGAUAUGACUUUCUUCUGGCGCCCGGCAGCAUAUGGUGAAGCAAUUAUCGCCGCUGACGCACUGAUUUGGAGCGCCCAAGGCCGAGAGUUGGUCGUUGAUCUGUAUGGCGGACUUGAUGGAACCAGAAUCCAGCUUCUGGUGAGAGCGUUACUCUACAGAUGUGUGGCUUUUGCGAUUGAUUCGGAUAUGCGGUUUGUCAAUGCAUUUCUACCCAAGGCAGAUUUUAGAGGGGCGACUGAGACAGUUCGGGGUGUUAUGGAAGAGAUGUCGAGAGAUACGACAGAGAGUAUCUCGAUUGUUUAG